CAGGGCGUUCGGUGCGCUCCGUUCCCGGGCCGGUGUGCGUCCGCGCGGACGGGCAGGUCCUCCCCGGCCCGCUUCUGUGUCCCACAAGUCCCUUCCGCGCGUUGUGUCCGCUGGGAUUGGAGGGAAUGACGGGGCACGGGGCCCUUCUCAGUUGUGUUCCGCGCUUCGGAGCGAGCUGCUAGCCCAGCCGGGCGCCCUCUCCGUGCCCGGGACCCUCCAUCCUUUCUUUCUAGCCUCCUUGCUCGCAGGUGGGACCGGAACGCGGCCAGGCGAGGCCGCCUGGGACCAUGGCAGGCUCCGACACGGCGCCGUUCCUCAGCCAGGCGGAUGACCCUGAUGACGAGCCAGUGCCCGGCCACCUGGGCAUCCCAGGGUCUGUGGGCACUCCCAAGGCCGGGGAGCCCGAGGUCCCGGACCAGGAGGGGCUGCAGCGCAUCACCGGCUUAUCUCCGGCCCAUUCGGCUCUCAUAGUGGCGGUGCUGUGCUACAUCAACCUCCUCAACUACAUGGAUCGCUUCACCGUGGCUGGCGUCCUUCCAGAUAUCGAGCAGUUCUUCAACAUCGGGGAUAGCAGCUCAGGCCUCAUCCAGACUGUGUUCAUCUCCAGUUACAUGGUGUUGGCACCUGUGUUUGGCUACCUGGGUGACAGGUACAAUCGGAAGUAUCUCAUGUGCGGGGGCAUUGCCUUCUGGUCCCUGGUGACACUGGGGUCAUCCUUCAUCCCCAGAGAGCGUUUCUGGCUGCUCCUCCUGACCCGGGGCCUGGUAGGGGUUGGGGAGGCCAGUUACUCCACCAUUGCGCCCACCCUGAUCGCGGACCUCUUCGUGGCAGACCAACGGAGCCGGAUGCUCAGUGUGUUCUACUUUGCCAUUCCUGUGGGCAGUGGUCUAGGUUACAUUGCAGGCUCCAAGGUGAAGGAUGUGGCUGGGGACUGGCACUGGGCCUUGCGGGUGACACCAGGGCUGGGGGUAGUGGCUGUUCUGCUGCUGUUUCUUGUUGUACGAGAGCCCCCAAGAGGAGCUGUGGAGCGACACUCAGAUUCGCCACCCCUCAGCCCCACCUCAUGGUGGGCAGAUCUGAGGGCACUGUCACGAAACCCUAGUUUCGUCCUGUCUUCCCUUGGCUUCACUGCUGUGGCCUUUGUCACCGGUUCCCUGGCUCUCUGGGCCCCAGCAUUCCUGCUACGAUCCCGUGUGGUUCUGGGGGAGACCCCACCCUGUCUUCCUGGAGACUCAUGCUCUUCCUCUGACAGUCUCAUCUUCGGGCUUAUCACCUGCCUGACUGGGGUCCUGGGUGUGGGCCUGGGCGUGGAGAUCAGCCGUCACCUUCGUCGCUUCAACCCCCGGGCUGACCCCCUGGUCUGUGCUGCUGGCCUCCUGGGCUCUGCGCCUUUCCUCUUCCUGUCCCUGGCCUGUGCCCGAGGUAGCAUCGUGGCAACCUAUGUUUUCAUCUUCAUUGGAGAGACCCUGCUGUCUAUGAACUGGGCCAUCGUGGCUGACAUUCUGCUGUAUGUGGUGAUCCCCACUCGACGUUCCACUGCUGAGGCCUUUCAGAUCGUGCUGUCCCACUUGCUGGGUGAUGCUGGGAGCCCCUACCUCAUCGGCCUGAUCUCUGACCGCCUUCGCAGGAGCUGGCCCCCUUCCUUCUUGUCUGAGUUCCGGGCCCUGCAGUUCUCACUGAUGCUCUGCGCCUUUGUUGGCGCUCUCGGAGGUGCAGCCUUUCUGGGCACCGCCAUGUUCAUUGAGGGUGACCGCCGGCGGGCCCAGCUCCACAUACAGGGUCUGUUGCAUGAGGCGGGACCCACGGAUGACCGGAUUGUGGUGCCCCAGCGAGGCCGCUCCACCCGAGUCCCUGUGUCUAGCGUUCUCAUUUGAGGAGCUGUUGCUCACCUGUCUACACACGCGCCACUGCUGGCCCUGGGCCCAUAGUGCCUGGGUUCAUCCGACCCAGGUUACAGGCGGAGGCUCUGGGUCACAUCCAGCUCCCAGACACUACAGGAGUAGCCUACGGAAGAGAUGGGGAUCUGGGCGGGGGUCCCUCACUGGGGCAGCCCACAGGUUUGGUGCUAUUUGUAAUGGAAUAAAAUUUGUAAUUAGACCCAAA